AUGUCCCGACCCGACGCAGGGCGUUCCGAUCGGCGAGUGAGGAGUAUGCCAAAAUUCUUGAUGUCGUGGCAUGGUGACUCUGGGGUGAGCAUCUCCACUCCAGCUGCUGCAAACACCGUCGACCGGAUUCGUCAGAUUCAUGGCAGUGCCGUGGCGAACGAGGUUGUUGAAUUUGAAUCCAAUGAUACUAAGCUUGGAUUCCGUGCAUGCGGCCUUGCUACUAAUGCCAAUUAUCAUGUCAAGAAAACCACAAUCUUGCUUUUCAUCAACCACCGGGCAGUCGAGUCAACAGCUCUCAAACGAGCCAUUGAACAGACAUAUUCUGCAUUCUUACCCAAAGGUGGACAUCCUUUCGUAUACCUUGAUCUCGAGAUUGAACCUCACCGUGUCGACGUCAAUGUACAUCCAACAAAGCGUGAAGUGAACUUCCUGAACGAAGAUGAAAUCAUUGAGCUUGUCUGCACAGAUAUCCGAUCCAAACUCGCGGAGGUCGACUCCAGUCGCACAUUCCUGACGCAGAGUCUACUGCCUGGUGUGCCUACUAUCGAGUCCCUUCAGUCCAAUCAAAGCGAAUCAGCCAGCGAAACAACAGGAGAGGAACCACGAGCCACAGCUGUUCCAAAAACACCAGCGACUGCGAAAAGGCCAUACGAAAACAAUCUCAUUCGAACAGAUUCCAAGGUCCGCAAAAUCACAGCAAUGCUAAGUCCAGCAGUAGCCUCUCCCCGAGACCCAGCCAACCCAAACGCACCCGCCGAAGCCACCAACCCAACAGCAUCAAUACUAGACGACGGCCUCCAGUAUGAAACAACAGAUCGAAAACCCCUCAAAAUCGCACUCCAAUCCAUCAAAGGUCUUCGCGCCUCCGUCCGCUCCGACAUGCACAACUCAUUGACUGAAAUGUUCGCCUCACACACUUACGUGGGCCUGGUGGAUGAGCGCCGCCGGCUAGCAGCAAUACAAUCCGGUGUGAAACUCUACUUAAUCGACUACGGCCUUGCUUGCAACGAAUUUUUCUACCAAGUCGGUCUGACCGACUUUGGAAACUUUGGGAUAAUCCGUCUCGAACCAGCGCCGAGGUUGGUAGAUUUGUUGAAGAUCGGCGCGGAGUCAGAACGGCAGGAGCACCCUAAUGCAGAUGCAAACGAAGCCGAUUCUGUAUUCGGCAAUGCACCAGCCAUGAUAGCUGAGACUCUUGUUGAACGUCGGGAGAUGCUGAACGAGUAUUUUUCCAUGCAGAUCAGUGCCGAAGGCGAGCUGCUUACUAUCCCUCUCUUGCUGAAGGGGUAUUUGCCCGCGUUAGCCAAACUGCCUCGAUUCCUACUUCGAUUGGGUCCGUAUGUGAAUUGGGCCAACGAGGAAGAGUGCUUCCGCACGUUUUUGCGUGAGCUUGCCAUGUUCUAUACGCCUGAGCAACUUCCUGUUCUCCAGUCUGCUCAGGCUGACCCCGAUUCUGCGGAGCCGGUGGUAGCCGGUGGCUUGGGGGCGGAGGAUGCAUUCGUGAGGGACCGGAGGGCGCAGAUGAUCCGCAUGUUGGAGUAUGCUGUUUUCCCGGCUCUCCGUGCGCGCUUGGUUGCCACGUCACGGUUGCUGCGGGGCGUGGUGGAGGUUGCAGAUUUAAAGGGACUGUAUCGGGUAUUCGAGCGUUGUUGA